GGCUUAAGUCUUUGUUCUUCCUUCUCGACGACGGUGUCACUUGCGAUGAAUCUCUCCACGAGGCUCGCUGAAAAACUUCCCGGAAUCUUACCGGCGCCGUCUUCUCCUCUCCUGCGUAAAGGAGUCUCCGAGUUAAGAUGCUUUUCAAUUGCUAACCAAAGUAGAAGAUUGAGAUGGGGAUUACAAAAGAAGAUGGUUUGGAGUUUGGAGAGAGCUGAGACCUGUGUAGUGAGCAAAUCAUGUUUAGUUCAUCCUGCAACUGAAGCCUAUGCACAAGAAGCUAUUGAAGCUAUCAAAUCCGAAAAAGUUAUUGCUGUGCCUACCGAUACGCUUUAUGGCUUCGCUUGUGAUGCUUGUUCUUUAGAAGCGGUUAGCCGGAUUUAUGAGAUCAAAGGGCGUAAACUUACAAGCCCUUUAGCUAUCUGCGUUGGUGAUGUAUUAGAUAUCAAGAGAGUGGCUACCACAAGUCACUUACCUCACGGUUUACUUGAUUCGCUCUUGCCCGGUCCAGUCACUCUUGUACUUCAACGAGGUUUGCAUCUUCUUCUUAAUGUGGUUGCAUUUGAUAUGAUCUCUUUAUGUGAGAGUGUUCUUGUAGUGUUUUAAACAGGUGAAUCAAGCAUUCUUGAAAAGUCCUUGAACCCAGGGAUUGGUACUAUUGGAGUACGGGUUCCAGAUUGUGAAUUCAUUAGAGAAGUAUCGAGAGGUUCGGGCAGUGUGUUGGCUCUUACAAGUGCUAAUUUAAGCGGUGAUAGAAGCAGCGUUUGUGUUAAAGAUUUUGAGAAUCUUUGGCAGCAUUGUGCUUAUGUCUAUGAUGGUGGUUUACUUCCAUCGGGCCGCGCAGGAUCUACAAUAGUCGAUCUGACUAAAGUUGGAAAGUACAAGAUCAUUAGGCCCGGAAGCGCGAAACAAGCAACAGUGGCAAUUCUUGAGAAGUAUUUGCUGGAAGAAGAAGAAGAAGAAGACCAUAAAGAGAAGAGAGCUAGUUAAACUCUGAAUCAUCUGAUCUGACUUGCAAAAAUUUGAGGUUUUGCUUUGGUUCUUACUAAAUUUUUGAUAUUGGGUUAAGAUAUGUUUGUUUUUAGUGCAAUACGAGAAGAUUGUUAGUGUUGAGGGGGUAUGCUAAUGCUACCUCCCAUUCCCAUGGUACGCAUGUGUAAUUUGAAGAAACUUGGUGGACCAUUUCGUAAUUUUUACUUAAGUUUCUUAUUAUUGCUCCAUUUGGAAAUUAAACUUUGUUGUAAUCUUAUUAAAAAAUUAUCAAAUAUUAGUGGAAAUUUUUCCUAUUUUUAAGAACAAUAUUUGUUGUAUCCAUA